AUGAGCAGUCAGCGUUCGAUAUCUAGCUUUUUCACUCCGGUUGGUAGAACCGCCUCUACUUCCAAAUCAACUUCAGAUUCUGCAUCGAAACCGGGGAGUUCGAAGGCAGCUCAAACCCCUAAAGCAAACGGGUCAACCUCGAGGGCUCUAUCCAAAACGAUAGCUAAAGGCAAAGCGAAGACGAAAGUUGCCACAACUCUUGAAAUCAACGACGUAGAAGAUGAAGCCGACGAAGAGGAGGAACAAGAAGAUCUACCACCAACUACAUCUUUUUCGAAGCGUGUAAGAGCAUUUAGCGUCCAAUCAAGCAGCCAACCUCCAAGUUCGGAUUCAGCUGCGCCGGCCCCUAAACGAGCUCGACUCGAGAGACGCAUUGUCGACAACAAAGAGGAUGAUGAACAAGCUCAGCCGGAGGACCUAGUUCUGGAAGAUAGAGAGGACGAGGUGGAAGAGCCACUACCACACAAACUCAGUCACACAUCUCCCAAAAAAUCUGGGAAGGGAAUAAUCACCAAUAGAUUUGCGUUCUCUUCAAGUCAACUUGCGGAUAGCUCGGUUCAUGAAGAAGAAGAAAUAUCCCCUGAAGCGGCUUUGAGGAAAAGAAAGAACCACGAGAAGUUUGUUAAAAAGCUUGGUCGUCCAGGUGAAUUUGAGAUCCGGCUGAAAGAAAACGGCGAAGAAGGGGACGAGGAUUUAGAUGAGGAGGAAGAAGAACCCGAGAGACCGCCUGAACCGAAAAGGGGCUCAAAAGCAGCUGCAAAGCGAGGCAAAAAAUUAACACCGUUGGAGCAGCAAGUUGUGGAUAUUAAAGAAAAAUAUGCAGAUACCGUGUUAGUCGUCGAAGUUGGAUAUAAAUACAGAUUUUUUGGAGAGGAUGCAAGAAUUGCCGCCAGCGUACUCUCGAUUGUUUGUAUCCCGGGGAGAAUGAAGUUUACAUACGAUCCUUCUGAGGCUCACCUCGACAAAUUCGCAUCCGCCAGUAUCCCUGUUCAUCGUCUCCACGUCCAUGUGAAAAGGUUAAUAACCGCCGGAUAUAAAGUUGGAGUCGUUCGUCAAUUGGAAACAGCAGCGUUGAAAGCAGCUGGUGACAAUAGAAAUGCCCCUUUCGUAAGGAAGCUUACGAAUUUGUAUACGAAGGGAACAUAUAUCGACGACAUCGAUGGUGUUGAUGAACAUGACGCUGUAGGAGCGGGUUCUGGCGGCGCUGCUUCAACGGGUUACCUUCUAUGUAUUACAGAAAAACUUGGUGGGGGUGCAGGAGCCGAUGAAAAGGUUAAAGUCGGUAUUCUUGCAGUUCAGCCAUCAACAGGAGAUAUAAUAUAUGAUGAGUUCGAUGAUGGAUUCAUGCGAACGGAGAUUGAGACAAGGCUGCUGCAUAUUGCUCCAUGUGAAUUAUUGAUUCUUGGCGAGCUUUCCAAGGCUACGGAUAAACUAGUUACGCAUCUUGCGGGCAGCACGAAUAAUGUCUUUGGGGAUGGCGUGCGUGUAGAAAAGGUGGAACGACCCAAGAAAAUGCAGACUACAUCCCCAAUCCAUGUCUCUGAGUUUUAUGCUGAGAAGCUAAAAAGUGAGGCGGCGGCUCUUCCCCAAGACUUGCUCGAUAUCGUAACACAGUUACCUGACUUGGUAACUAUUUGUUUAUCGGCAAUGAUCACUCAUUUAACGGCCUACGGUCUUGAGCAUGUUUUUGACCUUACCAAAUAUUUCAAAAGUUUCAGUGCUCGUUCUCAUAUGUUAUUGAACGGGAAUACCCUGAGUAGCCUAGAGAUCUACCGUAACCAAACAGACUUUUCGGAGAAAGGCAGUCUGUUUUGGACUCUAGAUCAUACGUCAACACGGUUUGGCAGAAGGUUACUCAGAAAAUGGGUCGGGAGACCGCUAUUGGAUCGCUCUCAGUUGGAGGCACGAAUCAACGCUGUCGAGGAGAUGCUAUCCUCAACAUCGGAGAGGACGCAACAACUAAAAAACCUGUUGACAACUGUUCGUUAUGAUCUCGAGAAAGGGUUGAUCCGUAUCUAUUACGGCAAGGCUACUCGACCGGAAGUAUUUAACAUCUUAAAUACACUCUUAAGAAUUGCGAAAACGUUUCGAAACGUUGAAAGCCCAGAACAAUGUGGCUACGAUUCCCCGUUAAUAAACGGAGCGAUGGCCUCACUACCUACUAUACUCGAAACCGUUGAAGGGUAUUUGAGCAAGUUCGACCAUAAAGCCGCGACGAAAGAUGAUAAGUAUAGUUUCUUUAAGGAAGUCGACGAAUACGAUUACAUCCUGGAUUCAAAAAUGGCUAUCAAGGGGGUUGAGUUUGAUCUUCAAGAGCAUCUCCCAGAUGCUGCUAAGGCGGUAAAGAAGAAGAAUUUGGAUUACGUGACGGUCUCUGGGAUCGAUUAUUUGGUUGAGGUAGAAAAUUCUGGCAUCAAGAACGUCCCAGCAUCGUGGGUUAAGAUCAGCGGGACAAAAAAAGUUUCGAGAUUUCACACACCAGAAGUGCUCAGAUUGCUCCGGGAGAGGGAUCAGAGGAAGGAGACACUUGCAAAUAACUGCGACCGCGCCUUCAAAGAUUUCAUGCUACAGAUAGCUGGUCAAUACCAGGAAUAUAGAGACGUCGUUCAGAGCCUAGCGACGUUGGACUGCUUGGUUUCACUAGCAAACGUAGCUCAAUUGCCUGGAUAUUGCAAGCCUACCAUCACGGACGAUAUUGAGAUUAAAGUUAAGCAGGGACGGCAUCCAAUGGUGGAGCAGCUUUUGAUUGAAACAUAUGUGCCCAAUGAUAUUGACUUGGGAGCAGACCAAAGGAGAACAUUAUUGGUCACAGGACCCAAUAUGGGUGGCAAGAGUUCAUACGUGAGGCAGAUCGCAUUGAUAGCCAUUAUGGCACAGAUUGGUUCUUAUGUGCCCGCUGAUUCUGCAAAGAUUGGCUUAUUGGAUGCGGUAUUUACGAGGAUGGGAGCAUUUGACAACAUGAUGACAGGAGAGUCAACAUUCAUGGUGGAGCUUUCGGAAACUAGCGACAUCCUCAAACAGGCUACCCCGCGAUCGCUUGUGAUACUCGAUGAACUGGGGAGAGGAACUUCAACUCACGACGGAGUCGCAAUUGCAUACUCAGUUUUGGACUAUAUGGUUAGUUCGAUCAAGGCGAUGACGCUUUUCGUUACGCAUUACCCAAUUUUGGCGCAAAUGGAAAAGGCAUAUCCAAGAGAAGUUGUGAAUGCGCACAUGAGGUUCGAGGAGGCAACAGAUGGUAGCGAAGAUAUCACAUUCCUCUACCAAAUUGCGGAAGGGACAGCACAUCGGUCAUAUGGCUUGAAUGUGGCGAAACUAGCAAAUGUGCCACAGGCGGUGCUGGAUACUGCAGCCGUCAAGUCGAAGGAACUCGAGGUGGAGAUAAAAGGUCGAGAAACUGCACGAUGGUUUGCGAAUAUUUUGCAGGGGAACAUAAACACCGAAGAUGGAUUAUUAUCGGAGAUAUCAUCACUAUCGAUAUCUUGA